UUCCCCAGCUCCGUCUCCGACGUCCAGCGCUUUCUCUCUCUCUCUUCCCGCUCGGGCCUCUCUUGCAGCCGCCCUCUGUCUCCGUCUGUCCUGAUCUCUCAUUCUCUGUGCAUUUCUGCCGCCCAGGCUCAACGCCAUGCCCCCGUCGUUUCCUCGACGUCCUACCACAAGUCCACGUCGGUAAGCCUCUCCGACCACCUGUCUCCCUCCCUCGGCCUCUUGCUCUCUUGUUGCCGCCCACCCCUCUCGUUAUCUCCGAAAUUCUCAGCCGCCCUCACCACUGGGAUACCGCCAACAACGCUGCCCACCUCUACCUCUCUUCACUCAACCCUCUUCAGCCUUGCCCACGCCAAAGCCGCCACCAAUACGCCACUCCAGCCCGUCCUCUACUGUCCCCUCCGUCGUCUGUUGCAGCGCCCCGCCACUUGUAAAUCUCCGUCCGUGCCUGCUCUCUCUCUCUGUGUCACUCUCUCGCCCUCUAUCGGUCUCUCAUACCGUCUCCUCCCUCUGUCGCUCGCACUCUCUGCUCGCCGACCAAACCGACAACCCCGAACUGUCGGUGACCAAGCACUUUCUGCCUCUCUCUCCUCCCUGUUAUUCUUUCUGCUUUCAAUAGCUCCGUCUUGCCUAGUUACAUAGCCUCGCGUGUCAGCAACACCAUCAUGGCUCAGAUCACAGAGGGUACAACAGAGCAUGUCGAAGCAGUUAGGUUCAGUUUCUUUACAGAUGAAGAGGUUCGAGAGCAUAGCGUUGUGAAGGUUACGAACCCCAUUUUGCUUGAUAGUAUGGAGAGACCUGUACCUGGUGGAUUGUAUGAUCCAGAAUUGGGCCCGCUAGAUGAAAGGAGUCUCUGCAAGAAAUGUGGGCAGCGUUCAUUCCAUUGCCCAGGUCACUGUGGUCAUAUUGAUCUUGUUUCACCCGCCUAUAAUCCAUUGCUAUUUAAUAUUCUUUACAAUCUUCUCCAGAGAACUUGUUUAUUUUGUCACCAUUUCCGGGCAAGCAGAAGCCAGGUUGAGACAUGUAUUUCUCAAUUGAAACUCAUUGUGAAAGGUGAUGUCGUUGGGGCCAAAAGGUUAGAUUCUGACACACCAGGUGAAACUUCAUAUCCUAAUGAUGGUGAUUGGAGUCAGAGUCAUGAUGCCAAGUAUUUAAGGCGGCAAGGUUGGACCUCUCUUCAGUUUAUGGAAGCAAUGUCUGUUUUCAAAAAAUUUCUGAGGCCGAGGUUUGUGGUUUGUAAGAGUUGUGGGGCCAAAAAUCCUAAAAUCAGUAAACCUACCUUUGGAUGGUUUCAUAUGAGUGGCAUGUCAGGUGCUGAUGCCAGACGGAAUGCUAUUCGAGGUUGCAAGCUAGGAAGGUCAGCCACUGGUGGAACUAAUGGAAAAUCUUUGCCUGAGGUGGAAAAUACAGAUGAUAUGACUCAAUGGGGGGAUGUUGUUGAUAUUGUUGAAACAGAUCCAUCCAGUGUCGCCUCUCCAGGAGCUAAAGAUAGUGCUACAAAAAAGCAAAGAAAAAAAGGAGGGGAACUGCUUCUUGAUUUUGUUAAGCAGAAGGAUUUAUUUUCAGGACCUCUAUUACCAUCAGAAGUUAAAGAAAUUGUGAAGCUUCUAUGGGAAAAUGAGAGUCAACUCUGCUCAUUUAUAAGUGAUAUUCAGCAUCAGGGAUUUAAAGUGAAAGAUAGUGAACCAAAAACUGAUUACUCUAUGUUCUUCUUAGAGACUAUUCUUGUACCUCCAAUCAAAUUCCGGCCCCCAUCCAAGGGAGGUGAUUCUGUCAUGGAACAUCCUCAAACUGUUUUGUUGGGUAAGGUGCUACAGUCCAAUAUAUCAUUGGGAAAUGCUCAUGUUAACAACUUAGAACGCUCAAAAAUAGUAAGCCGGUGGAUGGAUCUCCAACAAUCUAUAAACGUGUUGUUUGAUAGCAAAACUGCCACAGGUCAAGGUCAAAGAAAUGUAGCUUCAGGGAUUUGUCAAUUGCUGGAAAAGAAAGAAGGCAUGUUCCGCCAGAAAAUGAUGGGAAAGAGGGUUAAUUUUGCUUGCCGCUCUGUCAUAUCGCCGGAUCCCUAUUUAGCAGUUAAUGAAAUUGGAAUUCCUCCUUAUUUUGCAUUAAGAUUAACCUAUCCCGAGAGGGUGACUCCUUGGAAUGUUGUCAAGUUGAGGAAUGCUAUCAUCAAUGGUUCGGAUAUUCAUCCUGGAGCUACACAAUAUGGUGAUAAGCUAGAUACUAAGCAACUACCACCAAGUCGCAAGGGGCGCAUUGCAAUAUCAAGGAAAUUGCCAUCAUCACGAGGUCUCCUCACACAGCAUGGGAAAAGCUGUGAUUAUGAAUUUGAAGGAAAAUUUGUACGUCGCCACUUGCAAGAUGGGGAUAUUGUGCUUGUUAACAGACAGCCCACUCUACACAAGCCCAGUAUAAUGGCACAUGUAGUUCGUGUGUUAAAGGGGGAGAAAACACUUCGGAUGCACUAUGCAAACUGCAGUACGUACAAUGCUGAUUUUGAUGGAGAUGAAAUGAAUGUUCACUUCCCACAAGAUGAAAUUUCUCGUGCAGAAGCUUACAACAUUGUAAAUGCCAAUAAUCAAUAUGUCAAGCCCACAAGUGGUGAACCCAUUAGAGCCUUGAUUCAAGAUCAUGUCGUAAGUGCUGUGCUUCUUACAAAGAAGGAUACAUUUUUUACUGGCGACGAGUUCAACCAGCUUCUUUAUUGUGCUGGCAUCUCUACUGCUCGUCCAGUUUCUUUCUUAGGAAAAUUUGGCCAGAAAGUUUGCAUGUUGAACUCUGAAGAUGAGAUGCAGCCCCUUCUGCCGGCAAUAUGGAAACCAGUGCCUCUGUGGACUGGGAAACAGGUGAUUAGCGCCUUGCUAAAUCAUAUUACUAAGGGUCACCCUCCAUUUACUGUUGAAAAAGAUGCAAAACUCCCACGUGAUUUUUUUAAGAGCGGGAGUGAUGAGGAUGAACUGAACAAAGAAGAAAAGGCUGAUAAAAAGGGAACAAAGGAAAGGGUGCUGGAUGACAAGAAACUUAGUAAAGGGAAAAGGGUUGAUGGAAAUGCAUCAAAGAAAAAGGAGCCUGAUGAAGAUAAACUGUUGAUAUAUAGGAAUGACUUGGUGCGGGGUGUGAUUGACAAGGCUCAGUUUGGUGAAUAUGGUUUGGUUCAUACAGUGCAGGAGCUCUAUGGCUCAAACACUGCAGGGAUCCUGCUUUCUGCGUUGAGCCGUUUAUUUACUGCUUUUUUGCAGGUGCAUGGGUUCACCUGUGGAGUAGAUGAUCUUUUGCUAAUGAAGAAAAAAGAUGAUGACAGGGACAAAAACCUUCAAGAUUGUGAGAAAGUUGGUGAAGAAGUUCACCGUAUGUUUGUUAGUGAUAAGGGUGGUGAUAAAAUAGAUCUCCUGCAGCUGAAAAUUGAAGAAAAGAUACGCAGUAAUGGAGAACCUGCAUUGACAGACUUGGACAGGAAGAUGAUAAGCAAGCUCAAUGAAGAAUUAAGUAAGAACUUCUUCAAAGAGUUGUUGUCCAGAGGGUUAUUGAAACCCUCUGGAAAGAACUGUAUUUCUCUCAUGACUACAUCUGGGGCUAAGGGUGCAUCGGUUAAUUUCCAGCAAAUAUCUUCUCAUUUAGGACAACAAGAGUUAGAAGGCAAACGAGUCCCUCGAAUGGUUUCUGGAAAAACUUUACCUUGCUUCCCUCCUUGGGAUUGGGCAGCUCGAGCUGGUGGCUUUAUUAUUGACCGCUUUCUUACUGGUCUCCACCCUCAAGAAUAUUACUUUCAUUGCAUGGCUGGUCGUGAAGGGUUGGUUGAUACAGCGGUGAAAACAUCUCGCAGUGGAUAUCUACAAAGAUGCCUAAUAAAAAAUCUUGAGUGCCUAAAAAUUUGUUAUGACCAUACUGUUCGUGAUGCUGAUGGUUCCAUUAUUCAAUUUUGCUAUGGAGAAGAUGGUGUGGAUGUACAUCAAACGAGUUAUAUUGCAAAAUUUGAAGCGCUGGCUGCAAAUAAAGAAAUGAUUUUCAAAAAGUGUGGUCAAGAGCUUCAGAAGUCCAAUAGUUACAUCAAGGAAUUGCCUUGUGCCCUUGAAGAAAAAGCAAAGGAAUUUGUGCGUGCAUACUCCUUGAGACAAAGAAAUCCUAAUGAUUUGAAAGAAGCGGAUUUCUUGAAGUUAAUGGAGCACAAAUAUGUCUUAAGCCUUGCUCAGCCUGGAGAACCAGUUGGAGUGCUUGCUGCACAGUCUGUAGGAGAGCCAUCAACACAGAUGACGUUGAAUACAUUCCAUCUUGCUGGGCGAGGUGAAAUGAACGUGACACUUGGAAUUCCACGCCUACAGGAAAUAUUGAUGACUGCUUCAAGUGAUAUUAAGACCCCUGUGAUGACAUGCCCCUUCCAAAUUGGGAGGUCGAAGGAGGAUGCCUCUUGUCUUGCUGAUAAGUUGAAGAAGAUAACUGUAGCAGACAUAAUAAAGAAUAUGAAAGUAUCUGUCAUUCCCUUUGCUGUUCAUGAUCACCAGACCUGCAGUAUUUAUAAGCUUGAAAUGAUGCUUCACAUACCUGAAAACUAUCCAAAACACACUGAUAUUACAUUAGAAGACUGGGAGGGAACCCUAGAGGUUGUUUUUGUGAGGGAGUUGGAGGACGCCAUACAAAAUCAUCUGCUCUUGCUUUCUAAAAUUAGUGGCAUUGCAAACUUCAUGCCAGAUUCUCAGUCAAAUGCUUCAAAUGGGACAGAGGAUGAUGAUGUAUCUGGAAAUAAAUCACACCGUGAGGAAGAAAAUGAUGAUGACAAUGAUGCUGAUGAUGGAGGGGGGUCUGAGGAUCUUGGUAUGGAUGCACAAAAGAGAAAACAGCAAGCAACAGAUGAGAUGGAUUAUGGGGACUCUUCUGAAGAGGAACCGGAUGAAGGGGAGCUGUCAGCUGUCUCUGAAAGCGAAAUUGACCAUGUAGAGGAUGAAAUUGAAGUUAGUAACGAUGCUGUGAUUGGGAUAGUCAAUGUCAAAGGUGUAACAUGUGAACCAUCAGAACUUGGAAAACCCUCUAAGCAUAAGUUGAAGGAUAAGAGAAACCAAUCAGAAGCCAAACGAAAGAAGAGAGCCAGAGGAAAACUAGUAAAAAAAGAGUACGAUAGAGCAUUUUUUGUGAAAACCAAGGGAAUGCACUUUGAGGUCCAUUUUCGAUUUACCAACGAACCUCAUAUUUUACUGGCUCAGAUUGCUCAAAAAACAGCCAAGAAGGUUUACAUCCAGAGCUUUGGUAAGAUUGAUGGGUGUAAAGUAGUUACUUGCAAAGAAAAACAAGUGAUAUACUAUGGUAAAAAUCCCAAAGACAGGAAGGAUAUCUCGUCUGCAGAAAAAGAAAAAGUUCCAGCACUGCAAACCACAGGUGUGGAUUUCAGUACUUUGUGGCAGUUUCAGGAUGUUCUUGAUGUCAGGUAUGUAUACUCCAACAACAUCCAUGCCAUGCUAACCACGUAUGGGGUGGAAGCCGCCAGAGAAACUAUCAUCAGGGAAAUCCAGCAUGUUUUCGGUUCGUAUGGGAUAUCUGUGAAUAUGCGGCACCUAACCCUCAUUGCCGAGUAUAUGACCCAUUCGGGUGGAUAUCGUCCAAUGAACAGACUUGGGGGAAUAGCAGAGUCGACGUCUCCUUUCAGCAAAAUGUCUUUUGAGACGGCUUCAAAGUUCAUUGUUGAAGCUGCAUAUCAUGGAGAAACAGACGAGUUGGAGACUCCAUCUGCUAGGGUCUGUCUUGGAUUGCCAGUGAAGAUGGGUACUGGAUGUUUUGAUUUGAUGCAGAAGAUCGAAAUCUGACGGGUUUGGAGAAGCAUUGAAUCAGCAAAUUAAACCAAAUAGAAGUGUGGAUGCGUGUUCAACCGACUAGUUUAACGCCCAUGGGGGGUGCAACCAUCUUAGACUAGGAUGAUUACAAGCACUCAACAUCCUGGAGUAAGCCCUCAAUAUCAUUUCAAUAAUCACAAAGUAAACAGGUCUUCCAUCAGUAUUAGACAUUCAAAAGUUGUAAUCUGUGCCAACGUCCCAUGGUGUAAAGCGGAAAGUUAUAUUUUAUGAACUUCCAUAAAAUGCUGCUUGUGUACUCCGAUUCCGUUGUUCAAUAGAAAGUAAAUCGGAAAGUACCUACGAAAGUCAUUCUCAAACUUAGUUUGUAUCUGGAUGUUGAAGUGAGUUGAGUUGAGUUAAGAUGAUAAAA